UCAGCGCAACACUUUGAGAGGGAGCGAUACACUGGAUCAUUAAUUUUUACGCUCCUGUAGGAUUAUUACUUUUCAUGAGCAAUACUUUGACUAAGAACAAUCUGGAAAAUGGAUAUUAACGUUUUGAUUUCCGUGUUAUCAGUGAUAUACGCCUGGAUUUUGUGCACAGUUCUAUCAGCGCCUGCUGGAGAGAUACCCACUACCUCCACCGCCACCCAGGGGCGCCAUGUGCGGACCAAACGCUGCUCCUGCGCCAAUUUCCUGGACAGAGAGUGCGUCUACUUCUGCCACCUGGACAUAAUAUGGGUCAACACACCUGAGCGCGUGGUCUCCUACGGACUGGGCAACGUUCCCAGGACGAAGCGCGCGCUCGUGGACUCCCGCUGCCAGUGUGUGAAAGAAAACGACACAACAUGCAGAAACUUCUGCCGGCUGGAAAAACACCCCAGGUAUGGGACAUCGCCAGAAACGGUGAUCCGCUCCGCCGAGGGCGAUGGUUGCGCUGAGACGCAGUGCAAACACAAGCUGGCAGCCGACACGGGCAGGAUUAAGAGGAUGAAAAAUAAGAAAAGGGUGUCGCCUGCAGCAUUGAAGGCCACCUUGAAUACCCGCCUGCUGCUUGAGAAGUGGAGAGUGAGACGGCGCCACAGGGGGAGAGCAUGGGAGGGCGAGAGUGUAGCCUCCUAAAAACCCUCUCCACCUUUGGGAGAAAGAGUUUUACAACCAUGGGCCUUUCUCUACAGCCAUCUGUGGAAGACAAUAGAGAGCCCGCAUUCAGCCUGCUGACAGUCUCCAUGUUGGCCUCACGGCUGCUGUGUCAGGAAGCAUCUGCACCUUGGCUUGGUUGCAUUCAGGAGAACGAGGUCAAAGACAAUCCAAAGAGUCCAGGUUAAAGGAGAUAAGCUGAACGGAGGACUUGGCCGCUCCAGACUCAAGGACAGUGAUUGAUCCUGGAGGUGUCAGGGCCAGAUGGUGUGAUCCUUUGGGUGGACUGCAUUUCAAACACUUGACUUUAAAAGAAGGAUUCAUUUAAAUGCCAUUGUUACAGAUCAUAAAAACCUCUGCUGUGUAUGGGUGAAGGCAAUCUCACCUAUAUUUUUAAAUACAGUUAAACCUACAUAGAAGGGAUUAUGUGCCUUAUGACAGUUUUUUACUGACUGAAACUAUCAACUGGAUUUUACAUAACAGGUCAUCUCUUGUACAUCAGGAUGCAGGUCAUUGUAGCUUUGCAGUACAGUUGCUGCUGGGAGUUUCCAUGUGGAUGUUAUCAUAGAUUUAUUUUCAUUUAGAAUAAUUUAAAUUUUUACCAAAUAUGUCAUUUAAAUUGUGGCUUCUAUCUGAUCUAUUUAUUUAAAUUUUGUGUAUUUGGAUGGCCAUAUUGGUCUACCAUACAGUAUGAUUGCCAUUUCUGUGAAAUGUUUUGUUGCUAGUGCCAAAAUUUGGGCAGAUUUGAAUAAAUCUAUACACUUAUUUAA